AACAAAGGAAAAAAUACUCCAACUCCAACAUCAUCAUGCACGAGACAUCACAGUACCACGUGCAGCACUUGGCCACCUUCAUCAUGGACAAGAGCGAGUCCAUCGUGACAGUGGAUGAUGCCAUCCGGAAACUCAUCCUGCUCAACUCCAAAGAGAAGAUCUGGACACAGGAGAUGCUGCUGCAAGUGAAUGACAAGUCCAUCCGCCUCCUGGACUGCGAGUCUCAGGAGGAGCUGGAGGACUUCCCCCUGCCCACAGUCCAGCACUGCCAGACGGUGCUGAACCAGAUGCGCUAUUCCUCCAUCCUCCUCCUGGUGUGCCAGGAUUCAGAGCAGCACAAACCUGACAUCCACUUCUUCAACUGCGACGAGGUGGAGGCGGAGAUGGUCCAUGAGGACAUUGAAAGUGCCCUGGCAGACCACAAGCAUGGGAAGAAGAUACGGCCACAGACACUCAAAGCAAACCAGGAAAAGAUCAGGCAGAGACAAUCCAUCCUCCCGCCACCACAAGGGCCGGCUCCUAUCCCGAUCCAGCACGAUGUGCGAGGCUCAGCGAUGAACAGGAACCGGGUGGCACCCCCUUCCCAGCACGAUCCAGACUAUGAGCGACGAGGCUCCGGCUCCCACGACCACGAGGAGUCCCGAGCCAUCCUAGCACAGAAGAUUGAGAAGGAAACGCAAAUCCUGAACUGCACUCUGGAUGACAUUGAAGUGUUUGUCGCCAGGCUUCAGAAGGCUGCAGAGGCGUUCAGGCAGCUCAACCAGAGGAAGAAAGGGAAGAAGAACAAGAAGAAAGGGCCAGCAGAGGGUGUGCUGACUCUUCGAGCGAGACCCCCAAGUGAGGCCGAGUUCAUUGACUGCUUCCAGAAAACCAAACUGGCUUUUAACCUCUUGGCCAAGCUGAGGAAGCACAUCCAGAAUCCCAGUGCUUCAGAGCUGGUGCACUUCCUAUUUGGGCCACUGGAACUGAUCAUCAAUAGCUGUGGUGGCCCCGAGCUUGCCAAGUCUGCUGUCAGCCCUCUUCUUUCCAAAGACGCCACAGAUUUCCUCCGAGGACACCUCACACCAAAGGAGAUAAACCUCUGGGACUCACUGGGAGAGGCAUGGACCAGAUCCAGAGCUGAAUGGCCCCGGGAAGCAAAUAUCCCCACCUACAUCCCCAAAUUCCGCAAUGGCUGGGAGCCACCCGUGGAAAUCUUCCGUGGAGCUCCCUGGGAAAUAGACAUCGGACACUUGCAAGAGGAGCUCUCAUCAGCCAAUGGAUAUCCUUACCGGAACUCCUCCCUCAAGCGUGGCCAGAGCCCUGAGCAGACCCAGGCUGUGGAUGCCUUCAAGCAGAACGUAACUCAGCAUGUAAAUAGGAAUUUCGAGGCACAGGGAAUGGCACCACCAAAGAGAUAUGCCAAAAUCCGCUAUGACUUCACCGCACGAAAUGCCAACGAGCUCUCAGUGCUGAAGGAUGAAAUCCUGGAGGUGUUGGAGGACAAUAAGCAGUGGUGGAAGCUGCUCAACCGGAGCGGGCAGGCUGGAUACGUCCCUUACAACAUCCUGGAUGUGGUGAAACUGGAAGAGCUUGAACAGGUCUGUGCUCAGACCAACCAGAGGUACAAGGGAGACCUGAGCCCCAGAGGAUAUGGACCAUCCAGCCCAACUCACAAGCUGCCUGCCAGCUAUGCUGGGGAUAAAUGGGGAAAACUUAUUCAUCAAAUGGAUGAGCUGAACGAUGAGCUGCUAAAGAAGAUCACAAACAAUAAGAUUCAGCCUCCCCAUCGGAAUUUCAAAGUGGAAAAGCCUCAGCAGGUUUUUGUGCCCCUCACCUUCGAGUCCAGCACCGAAGAAGUCAAAGCCUGGCUGGAGGCAAAGUCAUUCAGCAAAGAGACAGUGGAACACCUUGGGAUCCUCACUGGAGCUCAGCUCUUCUCCCUCAACAGAGAGGAGCUGAAGAAAGUAUGUGGUGAUGAGGGCAACAGAGUCUACAGUAAAAUCACUGUGGAGAAAAACCUGCUGGAGAAGAGCAGAGGGGAGUCCGAGCUGCAGGAGAUCAUGAAGCGCCGCCAGGAAAGGAUUGAUUCUGCUAAUUAA